AUGCCCUCCACGUUCGCUCACGAGUUCAAUACGCCCACUUUCAAAGCAAAAGUUUCCUUCAGCACAGGUCUUUUCAUUAACGGCCAGUUCCUGGAUGGAUCAGACAAUACCACCAUUGAUGUCAUUAACCCGACAAAUGGAAAAGUGAUAACAUCCGUGUCCGAGGGUACCCCCAAGGAUGUCGACCUUGCCGUCGACGCUGCCCAUAAAGCCUUUGACACCACCUGGGGUCUUCAUGCGCCCGGUGCUAAGCGUAGCAUUUUGAUGUCGAAACUUGUUGCCCUCAUGGAGAAGAAUGCUGAUGAGCUUGCCGCUUCUAGAGGCAUUGGACAAUGCCAGGCAAGACUUUCAACUGGGCAAGAAAUGCUGAUGUCGCUGGUGCCAUCGAUUGUAUUCGCUACUAUGCUGGUUGGGCUGAUAAGGUUACUGGUCAAGUACAAGAGACUACCGAGGACAAGCUCACCUACACUCGCCACUGAGCCCAUUGGUGUCGUUGGUCAAAUCAUCCCGUGGAAUUUCCCAUUCAAUGUCCUCUGUGGUUACGGAAACACUGUCGGUAAUGCCAUCUCUUCGCAUAUGAAGAUAGAGAAGGUCGCCUUCACUGGCUCAACCCUUGUUGGUCGCAAGAUCAUGGAGGCUGCUGCAAAGAGCAACCUCAAGAACGUCACCCUCGAGCUCGGUGGAAAGAGCCCAAACAUCAUUUUUGACGAUGCAGACAUCGAACAAGCUGUCAACUGGGCUGCAUUCGGUAUCUUCUGGAACCACGGUCAGACGUGUUGCGCAGGUUCGCGUAUCUACGUGCAAGAAGGCAUCCAUGACGAAUUCCUCAAGCGUUUCACGGAGAAAACUCGGUCGCUCAAGGUCGGCGACCCAUUUGCCCCUGAUACUUUCCAGGGUCCUCAGGUCUCGGAGGUUCAAUUCAACCGUAUCAUGUCUUACAUUGAGUCCGGAAAGUCGGCUGGUGCCAAAGUUGAGAUUGGUGGUGAGCGUCAUGGAAGUGAGGGUUACUUCAUCAAGCCCACCAUCUUCACCAAUACCCACCCAUCGAUGAAGAUCGUCCAAGAGGAGAUUUUCGGUCCUGUUGGUGUUGUCAUCAAGUUCAAGGAUGAGGAAGAUGUGAUCAAGCAGGCAAAUGACACAGUCUACGGUCUUGCUGCUGCUGUUUUCACCCAGAAUCUGAACCGUGCUAUCAACACCGCGCACAGACUCAAGGCUGGAACCGCAUGGAUCAACUGCGUUAACUCAUUGCACUCUAACGUACCAUUCGGUGGUUUCAAGCAGAGCGGUAUUGGUCGUGAGCUUGGCGAGUAUGCCCUUUCUAACUACACAUCAGUGAAAGCUGUCCACGUCAACCUCGGCCACAGGAUGUGA